AUGGAUAGAGAAGUAUUUAUGUUUUACAUCAACUUGGUUUGUGCUUUUACCAAACCAAACGUAAUCCAACCAACCCCUGUGAUGGUUACUGAGCUGGGAGGCACUGUGACUCUCACUUGCUUUCGUCCUAAUGUGUCGGUGACCAGGUUUCAUUGGUUCAAGCAGAGUUUUGGACAGGAACCCAUCCACAUGACGUCCUCUUUUUAUGGUGGCCAUUAUUAUUCCAACAACUUUAUCAAGGACUUUACUGAGACCAAACGUUUGGUUGUGAGGAGAGGAGACUACAGCUGUAACUUGACCAUAUCAAAGACAGAGCCAGGGGACUCAGCUACAUACUAUUGUUCCACUACAGUCAUCUAUGAGCAAACAUACGGAGAGGGAACUGUUUUAAUUGUCAAAGACUCAGAGUCCAACAGCAUGUCUGUGCUCCAGCAGCCUGUGUCUGAAUCCGUCCAGCCAGGAGACUCUGUAACUCUGAACUGUACACUACACACUGAGACCUGUGCAGGAGAACACAGUGUCUAUUGGUUCCGACAUGGCUCAGGAGAAUCCCAUUCAGGAAUCAUUUACACCCACAGAGACAGGAGUGAUCAGUGUGAGAAGAGCCCUGAGGCUGAGUCUUCUCCACAGAGCUGUGUCUACAACCUCCCCAAGAGGAACCUCAGCCUCUCUGAUGCUGGGACUUACUACUGUGCUGUGGCCUCAUGUGGGAAGAUACUGUUUGGGAACGGGACCAAGCUGGACAUUGACCAUGGUUGUAAGGAGGACCAUCUUCUGUUCAUGUACUGCCUUGGCGUAGCAUUGGGUCUGUGUGUCAUCCUCAUCAUUGUCCUUACUUGUGUUUUGUACAAGAUGAGCGAGUGCAUAGGAACCAAACUUCAGCCAAGUGCUCCUGCAGUCCCCAGUCAUUAUAACCAGGAUCAAGAGUCUGUUACUCUCCAUUACGCCGCUCUGAACGUUGUCCACAAGAAACCAAAGGCCAGGAGACAGAGGAGCGCCAUGGAGACAGAAACUGUGUACUCUGGUGUGAGACUCCACAACAUGGACUGA